AACAACAGCAGCAGCAGCAACAGCAGCAACAGCAGCAACAGCAGCAGCAGCAGCAGCAACAGCCGGAGGAGCCGCCACAACAGAUGCUGUCUCCAGAGGCCCCGCCGCAGCAGUAUGAGCCGAUCCCGCCCAUCACCAUCGCCAUGACCAGGAGAGGCCGGGGCAGAUCGGCGGUGAUCAAGCGGCCAGCCGAGCCGGUGGCCGAUCCGAUGCUGCUGGACGACGGGCCGCCGGGCAAGCGGACGCGCCGCGCCGGCCGCGGGCGCGCCGCUGAGGCCGGCGCCGGCGCCGACGAGGAGGCCAGCCUCUACAAGAUCGUCAAGGAGGGCCGCACCCUGCUGCAGAUGGUGGUGGACGACUGGAUCGAGCAGUAUAAGGUCAACAGGAACGUGGCGCUGUUGGCGCUCAAUCAGUUCUUCAUCACUGCCUCCGGCUGCAAGGGCAUCAUCACCUCCAAGAUGCAGCAGACCAUGGAGGACGUCGCCAUCAUCAGGAAAAUGACCGAAGAGUUCGAUGAGGAAUCGGGAGAGUACCCGCUCAUUCAAACCGGGCAGCAGUGGAAGAAGUUCCGCUCCAACUUCUGCGACUUCGUGUCGACUCUGGUGAAGCAAUGCCAGUACAGCAUCAUCUACGACCAGCACCUGAUGGACAACGUCAUCUCCUUCCUCACUGGACUGACCGACUCGCAGGUGCGAGCGUUCCGACACACGGCCACACUGGCAGCGAUGAAGCUGAUGACGGCGCUGGUGAACGUGGCGCUCACCGUGUCCAUCAACCUGGAGAACACGCAGCGGCAGUACGAGGCCGAACGCCAGAAGUCACGAGAGAAGCGCGCCAGUGACCGGCUGGAGGCGCUGAUGUCCAAACGACAGGAGCUGGAGGAGAACAUGGACGAGAUCAAGAACAUGCUGACAUUCAUGUUCAAGUCGGUGUUCGUUCAUCGCUACAGGGACACGCUGCCGGAGAUUCGCAGCAUCUGCAUGGCGGAGAUCGGCAUCUGGAUGAAGAAGUUUCACCAGAACUUCCUGGACGACUCGUACCUCAAGUACAUCGGCUGGACGCUGCACGACAAAGUGGGAGACGUCCGCCUUAAGUGUCUGCAGGCCCUGCAGCCGCUGUACUCGUCCGAGGAGCUGAAGGGCAAACUGGAACUUUUCACCUCCAAGUUCAAGGACCGCAUCGUGGCCAUGACCAUGGACAAGGAGUUCGACGUGGCCGUGCAGGCGGUGCGGCUGGUGAUCAGCAUCCUCAAGUACCACCGGGAUAUCCUCUCGGACAAGGACUGCGAGCACGUGUACGAGCUGGUGUACUCGUCGCACCGGGCGGUGGCGCAGGCGGCCGGCGAGUUCCUGAACGAGCGGCUCUUCAUCCCGGACGAGGUGCCGCCCGACAGCCUGCGCACCAAGCGGGGCAAGCGGCGUCGCCCCAACACGCCGCUCAUCCGCGACCUCGUCCAGUUCUUCAUCGAGUCAGAGCUGCACGAGCACGGCGCCUACCUGGUGGACAGCCUGAUCGAGUCCAACAGCAUGAUCAAGGACUGGGAGUGCAUGACUGACCUGCUGAUCGAGGAGCCGGGAGCCAUGGAGGAGCCGCUCGACGACAGACAGGAGAACUCGCUCAUCGAGAUCAUGGUGUGCGCCAUCAAGCAGUCGGCGACGGGCGAGCCGCCGGUGGGGCGCGGCCCAAUCCGCAAGGUGCUGUCCGCGCGCGAGGCCAAGCAGGUGUCGGACGACCGGGCCCGACUGACGGAGCAUUUCAUCGGCACGCUGCCCACCCUGCUGGCCAAGUACAUCGCCGACCCGGAGAAGGUGGCCAACCUGAUGACCAUCCCGCAGUACUUCGACCUGGAGAUCUACACCACCUCGCGGCAGGAGAAGAACCUGGACGGGUUGCUGAAGCUGAGUCAGGAGAUCGUCGACAAGCACACGGAUCGUGACGUGCUGGACACGUGCGCCAAGACGCUGGAGCUGCUCUGCCAGGAGAACAACGCCAUCCACAGCCGCUGCAACGUGGCGCGUGACACCAUCAUCGACAUGAUCGUCAACAAGUACAAGGAGGCCAUGGACGAGUACGGCUCACUCAUCGCCGGGUCGGAGGAGCCGAACGAGGACGAGAUCUUCGCGCUGAUCAGCAGCCUGAAGAAGGUGGCCGUCUUCUCGUCCUGCCACAACCUCGGCCCCUGGAAGAUCUGGGACGGCCUGUUUCGUGUGGUGGAGGAGGCCCGCGAGGGCACGCGCAGUAUGCCAGAGGAGGCGAUGCGUCACUGCAUCUCGGCCUGCAUGUUCGGCAUCAUGUGGGACCUGCACCACACCGAGGAGACCACCGACGCGUCCAACCCGAACGCGCAGGACGUGGACGCGCUGCGCCGCCGGCUGGCCGCCUACAUGGAGGCCGCCCAGCACCUCAUGUCGGCCAGCCCUGUCAGCCAGUUCAGGGAGGAGGCGUACAUCUCCAUCUGCGACCUGCUCAUCAUCUUCUCCAGCCAGCUGGCGGCCAAUCCGCUGCUCAAGACGCUCGUCUUCGCGCCCGACAAGACCAUGCAGAGCAUGCUCAACGACUUCAUCCAGACCUACGUGUUCGUCGACGACGACGACGAGGAGCAGGACGACCACACGAAGAUCGAGGAGCUGCACAAGAGGCGCAACUUCCUGGCCUCCUUCUGCAAGCUGAUCGUGUACAACGUGAUGCCCACCAAGGCGGCCGCUGACGUGUUCAAGCACUACGUCCGGUACUACAACAACUACGGCGACAUCAUCAAGGCGACACUGGGCAAGGCACGCGAGAUCAACAAGGUCAACUGCGCGCGCACUAUGGCGCUGUCGCUGCAGACGCUGUUCCUGGCGCUCACCAGCCACCCGCAGGCACGCAUCAACCGCGCCAGCGACGAGUUCAUCUCGCUCAAGGAGCUGGCCAAGCGGUUCGCGCUGUCGUUCGGGCUGGACGCGCUGAAGAACCGCGAGGCCAUCACGUCGCUGCACCGCGAGGGCAUUCGCUUCGCCGUUGACCCGCUGGAGAACCCGCUGGACCCGACCGGGCCGCCGCCCAACAUCGCCUUCCUCGAGGUCAUGGCCGAGUUCACCAACAAGCUGCUGCGCCAGGACAAGCGCAUCGUCCUGAACUACCUGGACCGCCGGAUCGCGGCCGGCAUGCCCUCCUCACGCAGCGAGGACUGGCAGCCGCUGCUCAUGUACCGCAACUCGCUGCUGCAGGGCGAGAGCGAGCAGCCCAUCAUCACCAGCAAGCGCGCCUACACGCGCAAGCGCCGCGACGCCGAGCUGGAUGACGAGGAGGACGGCGGCUCCGAGGCCGACUUCCAACAGUGAGACGCCGGCCCGCAGCGCGCGCGCUGCUCGU